AUGAAUGAACAACAACUAGAUGAUUAUGUAAAUGAUUUUAAUCAAAUACGUGGAGCAAUUAAAUUCAUCUUUGAAUUCGACCAAAAUAAUAAAUUAAAUUAUCUUGAUACGGCAUUAACAAAACUUAAUAUAAAUAAUGAAACAAAACAACAAGACUUAAAAUUAGAUGAAAAAUCAUCAAAACAAAUAUCGUUAAAAAACAUGACCACAAGAAUUUUAGAAACAAUACGAAACACGCAAGACCAAAAACAAGAUUUUAUUACAUUAAAAGAAAUACUUUUAAAGUCAAAUUAUCCAUUAACAAAGAUUAAAAAUUAA